UAAAUAUCAAGAGAUAAGAGAUACAUGGAGUAAUUAGACUAUAGAUACUAAAAAUUUCAUUUUUCCAUCUUAUUUUCUCUAAUUGAAUCGUUAUAAUUAAAAAUGGCAAAUUGGAACACAUUAUUGCCUACUCAAUUUAAACCAACUUCUUUCAUUGCGGCAUUAAGAGCAUUUUUAGGUGGACGAAAUUUCAAACCAAAUGUUCGAAUGGUUGAUGAAGUAUCAUCGCCCACACAGCCUCCACCUGAUGUUCCGGGAGGACCUCAUCAUACAGUUUUUAACAACUAUUAUUGUGUACGAGAUCCUCGCAGGGAAGUUGCACCUCCAAAAGUUAUUUUUGAAAACACUUCAAAACAAAUUGAAAAUACUAAGUCACUAGAAUCUAGCAGUCCAACAAAAUUGCCUCUUCCUGGAAAAGUUUUUCACUGGGAUUGAAAUUGUGUAUUGUAAUAUAUUCAUCGUAGUGAGAAUGUUUAGAAUUAUACCUAUGAUGUAAUUAAUAGUCUAAAUAAACAAAUUUUUUAAAAAUGAUAA